AAAGACAUAACCUCACCAGUCAUAAAAAAUUUCAGAGUAUACAGAAACUGCAAGCACGGCUUCUGCCCAACUUGUUAACAAGAGUCUAGUGAGUCUAACUGAGCUCAAGAUCUGGCAAUGGCCGUGGUUUCGUCGUCUUCAAUUCUCUCGCCACUCCGCACGAACCGUGGUUCAUCUUAUCCAUAUCUUCCUUUCCUCAGUACCUCCUCUAGACCGAGCAAUCGGCCACGGCCACCUAUCAUCGUCUGCUCGUACAAACCAGGAAAUGGUUUGGCCAGUGAGGAGAAGAAGCUGUUGCUUGAGAGUUACGGUCUCGACCCCGACGAGUUCUUAUCUGAACCUCCUCCUCCUAAGACUAGGAGGAGAAAGGAUGUGCAAAAGGGAGGAAGAGGGAAGUCAGUCCAACCACCAGAGGGCCCUAAGCCGCCACGGACUACCCAUAAGCUGCUUCAGGUGCUUGGGGGAAAGGCUAGAAGAAUGAAGUUGCUGUCGCCUAAGGGUAUGGAUGUACGCCCGAUGAUGGAAGUUGUGAAAGGCGCAGCCUUUGAUAUAUUGCAGGUAGCCAGUGGCUGUCCUGCAUCUUUAAGGCCUGGCCGCUGGUUAGACUUGUACAGCGGUACUGGAUCUGUUGGUAUUGAAGCGAUUAGCCGAGGAUGUUCUGAGGUGCAUUUCAUUGAGAUGGAUCCUUGGGUUGUAUCAGAUGUUUUACGUCCAAAUUUGGAAUGGACUGGGUUUCUUGAUGUUUCAGUUAUACAUACUGUUCGUGUUGAAAAGUUCUUGGAACGUGCGGAGCAAUUUAUUUUGUUUUCUGUAGGUAAAGAUGGAUCAUUUGAUUACAUUAGUGUUACUCCUCCAUAUACUGAAGUUGACUAUGGGGUGCUGAUGGACCAAAUUUCAAAGUCACCCUUACUUGGGAAAGAUACCUUCAUUGUAGUUGAGUAUCCAUCAAGAACUGACAUGCUCGAUACAUGUGGAUGCCUAGUGAAGAUAACUGAUCGACGGUUUGGACGGACACACUUGGUAAUAUAUGGACCUACAUGGGCCCAGAAGAAAAGGAAGUCUGAAAAGUCGCUUCGGAAAUUAUCAGUAGAAAUUUAACUCAAGUCUGCAAGUGGUGAAGGACACUGUAACCUGGAAUUAGAAAGAGCUUGCAGUGAGUGACAUUGCAUCCUCGAAUGCUAUAAUUAGUUGGUGUACUAUUCCCUCCUGACAAUUUUUUUUGUCAUGAGUGGUAUCCACUGUUUCCCUUGGUCAAGGUCUUAAAUUGGUUAAUCAGCAUUAUCUGGCUGCUUAACAAGUAUGAGAAGAUUGAGUCAAACCAUCAAUACUAAAUCACGUUGAUUGGUGAAAGUUGUAAAGAAUCUGUAAAUCUGUAUUUCAGUACUUUACAAGUCAGUGUACAUUUACUUAUCUUCCUACUACUGACACCUAUUAAUUCUAGCACUUUGAGUAUUAUGGGUUAGUCUGUAUGUAAUUUUUGAAGCCAAGACAGGCGGCUAUAGGCACAAUGUUUACAUGGUUCUUACUUUUGUUAAUCACUCACAUGAAUAUUUUGAAGUUAA